AUGUCUAUGAUAGAUGGCAAUGUUGAAUUAAAAGUUCCCGAGGCUUUACAAUCUGAUCAACAUAUUGUAUUAAAAACGUGGCAUAAACAAUGGCAAUUUCCAAGAUCAUCCAAUCGCAUAUCUCUCUCAUCUGGGAUUGACAUAAAGCCUACUAUUUGA